AAAGGCUGCUGCACAACCGGAAGUAUCCGCAGUCUAUAGAAACUUUUUUCAACACCUGAAUUGAGCGAGUGUGGGUGUUCUAUCGAGAACUCCAAUACAUAGAAAACUCUAAUCACGUGAAUCGGGGAAGGGAAUUAUGGUUGCACUACCGGAUGUGUCUAGUUAGGGUCUACACAGUGCGUGCUGCAGUGCUAUCAUGGACACCGGAUCGCCGGGGCAGGAAGAAGAUGAUCCAGUUAUGGACCAGUUCAUGGAGAAAUUCAGAACUCAGAAAUACGAAGGCGCGUUUAACCCGGAGACCUGGGAGCAGGAGAUUGAAAAAAUUCCAAUGUUCAUGAAGAAAUCACCAUCUGAUAUUGAUCCUGAUAAAGCCCCAGAGCUGGCCUGCCUGCAGUCUAUACUGUUUGACACUGAUCGUCCCCCUGAAGAACAAGCUAAAUCUUAUAAGGAUGAAGGUAACGAGUAUUUUAAAGAGAAGAAUUACAAGCAAGCUGUUGAAUCCUACACUCAGGGCAUUAAGAAGAACUGCAGUGAUGUGGAACUAAACGCCAUCUUGUACACCAAUCGCGCUGCCGCACAAUUCCAUAUAGGUAAUUAUCGCUCUGCUAUAAAUGAUGCAAUUUCUGCAAGGAAACUGAAGCCCGACCAUUCUAAAGCCAUAAUACGAGGUGCUUUGUGUUUUAUGGAAAUAAAGAAUUAUAAUGAAGCCCUGAAGUGGUGUGAUGAAGGAUUAAAGAUUUAUCCAAGUGACAAAAAACUGCUUGAAACCAGAACAAAUGCUGAUAAAUUAUUGAGAACAGCAGAGCGAAACAUGAGGAAGAGCAAACACAAUGAGAAGAACAAACAGAAGGCUAAAGAAUCCCUGCUUGCAGCAAUCAGGAGCAGGGGGAUCCAGCUACAAACACUGUCUCUUAAUGAGGAGGAUGCAGAGGAUGCUUCUGACUCACAUGAAUUAUUGUAUGAUGGGACCAGCACGGACAAUGCAACUGGAGCACAUGUGUUUUUGGAUGAAAGCGGCCGCCUGAGCUGGCCAGUGCUCUUCUUCUACCCUGAGCAUGGACAGACUGAUUUCAUAUCUGCAUUUCACGAGGAUUCAAGGUUUAUUGACCAUCUACAUGAAAUGUUUGCAGAUUCUCCACCAUGGGACACAGACAGAAAAUACUGUGCUGAAAAUCUGGAGAUUUAUUUUGAAAAUGAGCAGACUCAGGCUUUAUAUCAAGUGAACAAAGCGAGCUCUUUGCUUCAGGUCUUGCAACACAAGAGACUCCUUGUGAAAGGUGGAACGCCAUCCUUCUUGAUCUUUGUGAAGAAAUCUCCUUUCUGUACAAAAUAUUUAUCUGGCAGAACAGUCCGUGCCUAAUCCCUGUGUGAGGAGCCCAGCACUUCUCUUGCUGUCUGUAACUAAGACUCAAAUACUGAGCAGAGUAAAUAAAACCUCUUUAUAUGGUUGGCUCUAGUCUGAGUUUCUGCUGCCAUUCUCUCUGUAAUAUUAUAAUUGCUGCAUAUUGUGCUUAUUUAAUAAAUGUUUUAUAUAUAAAGGGA